AUCUCCACGGCUACUAUGGAUCUUGCAGGGAUUCUUGUUCCUGUUUUUGCUAUGAUUUUCAGCAAUGAGCAAUCAGCCCAGCAAUCAGUAAUGGUAAUUGAGGCGAAGAUGAAGAGAUCAUUUCCUUACGUCUCUCCUAAAGCGACAUUUGUUUUUACGUCUAAUAAAACACUACCAGGUGGUCUAGUAAUAAGAGAUUUCGUUAGCACCGUUUCGAACGAUGGAAAAUAUAGUUUAUUAGUAGAAAAUCAUUCAAUGCAUUCUGUUUGUUUACCAAGAACAGGGAUUUUUGAAGAUGAACGUAAAGUUCGAAAAUACGAGAAGCGUAUGGGUGCCGAAGUUGAGGCUGAUGGUCUUGGAGAUGAGUGGAAGGGAUAUGUAUUCAGAGUUGCUGGUGGCAACGACAAACAAGGAUUCCCCAUGAAGCAGGGUAUCCUCACUACAGGUGAUGUGCGACUUUUGUUCUCCAAAGGGCAUUCCUGCUUCCGUGAGAGACGUACUGGUGAAAGGAGGCGUAAGUCAGUCAGGGGAUGCAUCGUUGAUGCUAACUUGUCUGUCUUGGCAGUUGUUGUUGUCAAGAAGGGUGAACAGGCAAUCCCCGGCUUGACCGAUGUUACUGUGCCUAAGCGAUUGGGUCCCAAGCGUGCUUCUAAGAUCCGCAAACUCUUCAACCUUGCCAAAGAAGAUGACGUUAGGCAGUACGUUAUCAAGCGGCCAUUGCCAAAGAAAAAAGGAAAAAUAGACGGAGUAUCAAUUGUCCCGAUGAGGAGGAAGAAUUCGAUACUGGUCGUCCUGGCAUAGAGUAGAUAAAUGGGC